AUGUCGGCGCUUCUCGCGUCUAUUGAUGAAGAAGAAGAAGAAGAACAUGAAGAAGACUGUGCUAACGUCGUGGAAUCAGUGGGAGAAGUGCCGAUGACAUUCCCAUCGGCUAUGGAAUCCAGCGACGCAAGAAAGUGGCGAGAAGCGUGCGAAUCAGAGUUUCAGUCAUUGUGCAAGAACAACACGUGGGAACUCGUGCCGUUACCAAGUGAUCGCAAGGCGAUCAGCAGCAAGUGGGUGUUCAAGGUGAAGGAGACUGUUGAUGGACUUAUCGAGCGAUACAAAGCGCGCCUCGUGGCAAAAGGAUUUUUGCAAAAGUACGGUGUGGACUUCGAGGAGACGUUCGCACCUGUGGCCAAUUUCGCGUCGAUCCAGAUCAUUGUGAGCCUCGCCGCGCAGCACAACCUCGUACUUCACCAGAUGGACGUCAAAACGGCGUUUCCUAACGGCACGCUUGAAGAAGAGAUCUACAUGAAGCAGCCUGACGGAUUCGUUGAUGCCAAUCAUCCUCACCAUGUGUGCAAGCUCAAGUGUGCGUUGUACGGACUCAAGCAAUCCCCUCGUAUGUGGAACCAGACUAUUGAUGAGUUCAUACGCAAUAUUGGCUUCAUCAAGUGCGAUAUGGAUCAAUGUGUCUACGCCAAGCGUGACGACAAGGUCAUGAUGUUUGUUUUCAUAUACGUCGACGACCUCAUUCUUGCGUGCAACAACAUGGACAUCCUCGCAGCCAUUAAACGUGCAUUGAGCGAGCGAUUCGAGAUGUACGAUCUCGGUGAGCUUAAAUACUGCCUCGGAAUAGAAGUCGAGCGCGAUGACAAGUCAGGCGAUGUAUCGAUGAAACAGACUAAGUUCUUGCGAUCGAUUCUGACCAAUUUCGGUAUGCAAGACUCUUGGCCUGUUAAGACACCGCAAGAUCCCGGACUGAAGUUGACUAAGCGCAUGUGCAAAGAUGGAUGCAAGCACAACUACACCAUGCAAGGAGUGCCAUACCGAAGUGCCGUCGGAGCCUUGAUGUACCUCAUGGUAGGCACGCGUCCAGACCUCGCAGCUUCAGUGGGAGUGCUCAGCCAGUUUGCUGCUGACCCGUUUCCGACACAGUGGCAAGCUUUCAAGCGCGUGCUACGGUACCUGCAAGCGACUCCUACACUUAUUAUUCGUUUUUUUGGCGCUGGCAAUGGCAAGUUGCUUGGCUACUCCGAUGCCGACUGGGCUGGAGAUAUCGAUACUAGACGAAGUACCAGCGGCUACGUAUUUGUGCUUAACAACGGCUGCAUCAGCUGGCGUAGCAAGAAACAGCGCAGCGUGGCACUCUCGUCUACCGAAGCAGAGUACAUGGCACUGUCGGAGGCGACCCAAGAAGCGACUUGGCUCAAGACGUUCAUGCGUGAGCUCGGCGAAGAAGCAGGCGAUGACGCUCUAACUAUCUAUGAAGACAAUCAAGGUGCUAUUGCGCUUUCCAAGAACCCAGAGUUCCACAAACGCACCAAGCACAUCGACAUUUGCUACCACUUCGUGCGAGAAAAGGUCGAAAAGAAUCAAGUUGUGCUACAGUAG